GAGAGAGAGAGAGAGAAAUGUGGCUGCCUAAUAAUCAUGUUGACAAGAAGGAAGGAGGGAAUGGGAUUGUGGCACUGGCCAUAGACAAGGACAAAAACAGCCAGAGUGCACUCAAAUGGUGUAUAGACAGUCUUGUCAAACAAGGCCAAACAGUCCUUCUCAUCCAUGUCAAGAUCAAACCUCCUGUGUUUUCCCAAUCACCUUCUCUUUCCACCCCAAGAAGUAACCCAAAUUGGGACCAACAUUUGGUAUGCAAAGACCCUGAUCCCCAAACCAAGGAAUUGUUCCUUCCUUUUCGUGUUUACUGUACACGUAAAAAUAUACAAUGCAAAGACAUUGUAUUAGAAGACUCUGAUAUAGCAAAAGCAUUGAACGAGUACGUUACUCAAUCUGCAAUCGAGCAUUUGGUUGUUGGUGCCUCAGCAAAAACUGGCUUUCUCAGAUUCAAAAUCUCAGAUGUUCCAGGAAACGUAUCAAAGGGGGCACCAGAUUUUUGUAAUGUAUAUGUUGUGUCCAAGGGAAAACUUCAAUCAAGGAGGUCUGCCUCACGUCCUGCCCCAUCCAUCUCACCCAUACGAGCCCCAGUUCGUAGCCAUACCCCAAGCGCAAAGUCAGAGCCUUAUGUCUUCCCUCCGUCUGGCAUGAAAGGACAUGAAAAGCCACCAGAACCACACCGUAAAUCCCAUGAUGAAAUGGAAAACUUCAGGUCUCCAUUCACUAGGAAAGGGCCAAAUGGGAAGUCCUAUGCAGAUCUCCCUAUGCCAGACACAGACAUAUCUUAUGUUAGCUCUGGAAGGCCAAGCAUUGACCGUAUAUUCCCUGCAUUCUAUGACAACCUAGAUUCAGGAAGAAUCACCCCGCCACGAAUGUCAAGCAGCACAGAAAUAGACUUGAACCACAGCUUUGAGUCUAUGCAGUACUUUGGACGGAGAUCUGUGGAUGUCAGCUCCUCUCCACCUACAUUCUCUUCUGUCUCUCAGGAUAGUGAUCGAUUAUCCUCUGCAUCACAGCCGAUGGAAGAUGUGGAGGCUGAAAUGAGGAGGCUAAAGCUGGAGCUCAAGCAAACUAUGGAAAUGUAUAGCACUGCCUGUAAAGAGGCACUCACGGCGAAGCAAAAGGCAGUAGAACUCCAGCGCUGGAAAUUAGAAGAAGAAAGAAGAUUGGAAGAGGCGCAUCUAGCUGAGGAAGCUGCAAUGGCUAUUGUUGAAAGGGAGAGAGCUAAGUCCAGAGCAGCCAUUGAGGCAGCUGAAGCAGCUAAGAGGAUUGCAGAACUGGAAGCACAAAAAAGAAUCAAUGCAGAAAUGAAAGCACUCAAAGAAUCAGAAGAGAAGAGAAAGGCACUUAAUGCUCUGCAACAUUCGGAUGUCAGGUAUAGGAAGUACACAAUUGAUGAGAUUGAGGCUGCCACAGAGUUCUUCACAGAAUCUCGGAAGAUUGGAGAAGGGGGUUAUGGUCCUGUAUAUAGGUGUUAUCUAGACCAUACACCUGUUGCAAUUAAAGUUCUACGCCCUGAUGCUGCUCAAGGAAGAUCACAGUUUAACCAAGAGGUUGAAGUACUGAGCUCUAUACGGCAUCCGAACAUGGUUCUCCUCCUGGGAGCCUGUCCUGAGUAUGGAUGCCUAGUUUACGAGUACAUGGCUAAUGGGAGCUUGGAAGAUUGUCUCCUUCGUAGAGGAAACUCUCCACCUCUCUCUUGGCAACUUAGGUUUAGGAUUGCAGCUGAAAUUGGCACAGGCUUGCUUUUCCUCCACCAGGCUAAACCAGAGCCACUUGUGCACCGUGACUUAAAACCUGGCAACAUCUUGAUUGACAGGAACUUUGUGAGCAAGAUCAGUGAUGUUGGGUUGGCCAGGCUUGUGCCCCCAGCUGUUGCUGACAAUGUGACACAAUAUCGAAUGACAUCCACAGCUGGCACAUUCUGCUACAUAGAUCCUGAGUAUCAGCAAACAGGCAUGCUUGGUGUGAAGUCUGAUGUUUACUCACUUGGGAUAAUGUUUCUACAAAUGAUCACAGCUAAGCCAGCAAUGGGAUUGACUCAUCAUGUCGAAAGGGCUAUCGAGAAGGGGACUUUCGAGGACAUGCUGGAUCCAUCUGUGCCAGAUUGGCCAGUUAAAGAAGCCAUGAAGUUUGCCAAACUUGCUCUCCAGUGUUCAGAGUUAAGGCGAAAAGACAGACCAGACCUUGGCAAGGUUAUCCUGCCGGAACUCAACAGAUUGAGAGGGAUUGCUGAAGACACAAUGCACCAUACACUAAUGGCUGGUGAUAGCCCUUCAUCUCAGCACAGCCAAGUUUCGAUGCAGCUAGAGGGGGGUGAACCAGAGUCACAUUCUGCCGCGAGCUAGGAGGAACACAUAUCAACCACUCUCUAACAUCACAAAUAUGUAGACUAUUUAAGAGAACAUGUUUAAGGGAAUGUAACUUUGUAAGUAAGCAGACCGAAAAAGAAAAAAUGUACAAGUUUUGUAGAUAAAUUGAUGAGCUCAUGAAAUUUCUCAGCAUGUGUAUCUGACUUUUUUGGUCUUUUGGUAUUUUAGAUUAGUCAAU